AUAUCUGGCAACCCCGCGAGCAGCCAGUUUGAGUCUUCAGGAAACAGACGGGAGAUCUUGUGUCACCCGCGGAAAUGUUCAAAACAGACAAACUGAAAGCUUUGGUCAACGAGCGGUUGACAGCCGCUGCUGAGGAAAUAUUCCGCAUCUUUGAAAAAACUAUUAAAGAUUAUGAGGAGAUAGUUUUUCGUUCACAGCAGGAGAUCGAGCAACAACGACGGCUCGCUAGGUGGAAAGCCCCACUGCAGUUCUCUGUCCAGGAAGAGGACGCUCCCUCUGAGCAGGAUCACUGUGAGAAGAAGACUGAGCCGUGUGAGGAUGACCGUGAGCCCCCGCAGAUUAAACAAGAACAGGAAGAGGAACUGUGGACCCCUCAGACAGGUGAAAAGCAGGAGGAGGCUGAUACCAAAGACUCUAUGUUCAAUAUAAUUUAUGUGCAAAGAAGUGAUGAAGAUGGAAGACAGUUCCCACAUCAAAACCAAGAUGUUGAAAAUAAAAGAGACUGUUUGCCAAGCAGCUCAUCUGAACAGUUGAAAUCAGAGCCUGAUAAAGAAGAAGGCUGUGGUGCAUCAGAGCCAACCAGUGACUGUCACAUGAGUGAAGUUAGUGAUGAUGAAUGGAGAACCGGGGGAGGAUUUCACUCAGGUGCAAACGGGAAGAAACCACAGCAAGCUGGUGAGACAGCAGACAGGCCGUACACCUGCAGCGUUUGCAACAAGAAUUUCAGGAUUAAAUCCAUUCUGACUCGCCACAUGAAGAUGCACACAGGAGAGAAACCUUAUAGUUGCAGUGUUUGUGGUAAAAGCUUCAUCCAGCGCUCCUAUCUGCAGACUCACAUGAACUCUCACUCUGGACAGAAACCGUACACGUGUAGUUUCUGUGGCAGAGGGUUCACACAAGUUGGAAACAUGAACGCCCACAUUCGAAUCCACACGGGAGAGAAACCUCACAGCUGUACUGACUGUGGUAAAAGCUUUAGAGAGAAAGCUGAUCUUAUCAAGCACACAAUAAUUCACACUGGUGAGAAACCCUACAUUUGUACUGUAUGUAAUAUGAAAUUCAGCGCUCAGUCUAAUCUGACGCGCCAUAUGAAGACUCAUUCAGGGGAGAGGCCGUAUACUUGCACUGCCUGUGGGAAAAGAUUCAUUCGGCGCUCCCAUUUAAUCAUUCAUAUGAAAACUCACACUGGAGAGAAUCUCUAGACUUGAGAAAUUAUUAGAUUUGCUCCAUAGUAUUUAUUUGAUAACUUCCUAGGUAGAGUGAACGAGGACUCACAUUAGAGAAGUAAAAUGUAUAAAAUAGACUUUUUUCCACUUUCAAAAAUGAACCAAACCUUGUAAAAACCAUUGUCUAUACGUUGCUCUAUAGUUGCAUAAUGUAGAAUAAAGUAUACAAUAUUCUUAUACAAUGAAGAGCUGCAUGUAUCACAAUGCAAACUGUUUUACACAGCCCCUCUUUUGCCAGUGAUGUCCAAACAAUGCUGCCAUCAAACAUGCUCCCAGUGUAAAUACUCGUGCCUAUUUGGAGUUUUAAUUUGUGAAGAUGUGUACUUUUUUUUAUCCUGUCUUUGUUUUUGUUUUCACCUCUGUCAUAUGUGUUGGUUUCAAAAGCAUAUUUUACUUUUUAAAAGUUAAAUAAAACACUCUGCUGG